GCACUGCAGGUGGAUGCAUGGGUCCCACUCCCACCCACACCAAACCCUCCUCUCCUCCCUGUACUGGUCGUCUCCGUCUCCGGCCGCCUUCCCCGAACCUUCCCUAUCUCGGCCUUCAUAAAAAUCAAAAUCACCCCACCCAACACCAUCAUCGCCGGCCCAUCCCACAUCAAGCCAAGUCCGACUCCGAUUCUCCCACGCCAAGCAAAAAACCUCCGAUUCCUAUCUGUCUCGCCCACCGCCGCCGGUGGGACGAGCCAACAUGUCCGCCACGCCGGAGGACUUCCUGGGGGCGCCGUACCUGGCCGCGCCGGAGCCCUUCUCGCCCUCCGUCUUCCUCGACCUGCCCCCGACGCCGGAGCGCCCGGAUAACUCCGACGACCUCGUCCUCCCCUACAUCGCCCAGAUGCUCAUGGAGGAGGACAUCGACGACAAGUUCUUCUACCAGUUCCCCGACCACCCGGCGCUCCUCACCGCCCAGCAGCCCUACGCGCAGAUCCUAUCCGACUCCGCCACCGCCACCGCCACCUCCUCUUCGUCCGACUCCGCCAACGCCACCAGCAGCAGUAGCGCCUCGGGGACCGGCGGCAACUCCACCCUCUCGCCCUCUUCCGACGCCCCCGCCGGCUGGCCCUACGACGACGCACUCGAUAUCUCCCACCUGCUCCGCUCCCCGACAUACCCUGCUACUCACAUGAUGGGGGUCGGCCUCGACGACUUCGCCGAACUCUUGACGCCGCCACAGGGCCAAGGCGAAGCCCAGCGGCAGCAAUCUUCCCUCGCCGCGCUCUCGGAUGGCGCGGAAGAAGAGGACGGGAGCACCAAGGCAGAGGCCACCACAACGUUUCCGGUUGGCGACGCCGACCACGCCGCCCUGGCCUCGGCCUUCUUCGGCGCCCAGAACGGGGGGGACACGGACAUGCUUAACAUGGCCUUCCUCAAAGGCAUGGAGGAGGCCAAGAAGUUCUUGCCCACCAACAACAGCCUACUCAUCGGCCUUGAUGAAACCUCCUGCAAAUCCUUGCCUAAAGACAGAUACAUCAAGCCCUACACUGCCUUUGCCGCUACCCAAGUGAAGGAGGAGGAGGAGCAUGUGGUGGUGCAUGGAAAUGGAAUGCCAAUGUUUGGGGGAAGCAGAAGCACCAAUGGCAGGGUCCGCAAGAACCACCGUGCUGAGGGGGAUGAUCUGGAGGCUGAGACAGGCAGGAGCAGCAAGCUGAUGAUGCCGGAACAGGAGGAAACCGGUGCCAACGAGCUUUACGAUGAAAUCAUGAAUUGUACCUAUGAGGGAUUCAUGAAGCGCAUGGAGGACCUGCGCAUCGCCAUGGACAGCGAGUCUGAGAAGAGCGCCAGGAAGGUCAGCAGGAAGGGGGCGCGGGGGAGGCAGCAGCUCGUGAACGAGGUCGUUGACCUGCGCACCAUGCUCAUCCAUUGCGCACAGUCGGUGGCCACCGGCGACCGCCGAAGCGCGGCCGAGGUCCUGAAGCAGAUCAAGCACCACUCCUCACCCAAAGGGGAUGCCACACAGAGGCUGGCUCAUUGUUUCGCCAUGGGACUGGAGGCACGGCUUGCAGGCACGGGGAGCCAGGCGUACCAGUCGCUCAUGGCACAACACACUUCGGUCGUGGAAUUUCUCAAGGCAUAUAGCCUUUACAUGGCAGCCAGCUGCUUCAUGAAGGUGAGGUUCAUCUUCUCCAACAUGACCAUUUGCAAUGCCGUGGCAGGGAGGAGCAAGUUGCACAUUGUGGAGUAUGGUGUGCAGCAUGGAUUCCAGUAUCCAGGUCUGUUCCAUCUACUAGCAAGGAGGGAAGGUGGACCGCCAGAGGUGAGGGUCACCGCGAUUGCUGUCCCACAACCCGGGUUUCGCCCAGCACACCAGAUUGAAGAAACAGGCCGCCGUCUCAGCAACAUUGCCCGUGAGAUGGGUGUGCCAUUCAAGUUCCGCGGUAUUGCAGCAAAGUGGGAGGCCGUCCGUGCUAAGGAUCUCAAUAUUGAUCCAGAUGAGGUGCUUGCUGUCAACAGUGAGUGCUAUAUCGGCAACUUGAUGGACGAGAGUGUUUUGGUGGACAGCCCGAGCCCUAGGGAUACGGUCCUCAACAACAUCCGCGAGAUGCGGCCCAAUGUGUUCGUCCACACUGUCGUAAAUGGAACAUAUGGUGCACCGUUCUUUUUGACACGGUUCCGAGAGGCACUCUUCUUCUUCUCGGCACAGUUUGACAUGAUCGAUGCAACCAUCCCUAGGGACAAUAAUGAACGGCUGCUGAUCGAGCGGGAUAUCUUUGGGACAUUUGCCCUGAAUGUGAUUGCUUGUGAGGGUGCAGACAGGGUGGAACGGCCUGAAACUUAUAAGCAAUGGCAAGUGCGAAACCACAGGGCUGGGCUGAGGCAGCUGCCACUGAAUCCAGAGGUUGUCAAGGCUUCCAGGGACAAGGUCAAGAACUAUUAUCACAGAGACUUUCUCAUCGAUGAGGAUAACCGUUGGUUGCUGCUUGGGUGGAAGGGACGGGUGCUCUAUGCCAUGUCGACAUGGGUUGCUGAGGAUAAUAAGCCCAUCUUUUAGUGUGCCUGAAUCCAACUGUAGAUUAUAUUGAUAUUUUGAUCGAAGGGUUAUGUUGAACCAUGAUCCACCACAUGUUGUGGUUCAGUGGACUUAUGUUUCUAGAGAGUUUAUUGCUGAAACCUGUGAGGUAGAAGCAAUUAGAUGCUUAGAGCUACAUAGGCUGUAGAUAUAGUUCUUGAUAUAUUCCUGCAGAGUUGUAAUCAUGUGCCAUGUACACUAGAAUUAAAACCCUGCAGCUGACAAGUGGUUACACGUUUGACCUCUGAAGGCUUAAACCCUGAAAAGUAUCUAAUGAUGCAUGGUAUGAAGGUAGAUGAUAUAUGUUCAAACUAUGUUUCUAGAGGGUUUAGUGCAGAAACUUGUCAGGCAGAAAUAAGUAGAUGCUUACAGCUAGCUACAAAGGUUGUGGAUAUAGUUCUUGAUAUAUUGCAGAGUUGUAAUAUUAUAUACUAUGUACACCAGAACUUGUAAUAGUAUAGUAUACUAUGCACACAGAAUUAAACCCAGUCGCUGAGAAGCAAUUUUAUUGGCUA